GUUAUAUAAAGAGCCUCAAGAUGGCCCCCUUGAGGAUUAAUCACCAGCCUCGAGCACCACUUCACACACAUCCUUGAGCAAAUCUUCCAUUGAGGGCAUUCCCAUACCUACUUAGGUACUUCAGCCUCACAUCAGUCCUCCGGGACCUUAACCAUCAUCACAAUGGUCGCCCUCCAACCCCACGCCCUGGCCACGGCCAUCCUAGCCGCAUUCUCCUCCUUCAUGCCCAAAACCACCAUGGCGCAAACCACCAAUCCAAACUGCCACUGCUACCUAACCAACGCCUCAACACCCAAAUACUUCGCGCACACCAAAUUCUUCGAUUUCCGCAACAUCGCCAACCCGCGGGUCCCAGCACCCAUCGACAACCGGGCCAACGCGCAAAACGCACCCGUGACAAACGCCUACUUCAACAGCACGGCCUUCACCAACACUUGGUCGAUCCAGAACUGGGUCGGCGGAUCCGAUGACGCCACCGUGUACCAGACGUACUCGAAGAACGACGUAUACAUCCAAUCGAACACAGACGCGAACCCGAGUUCCAAGACGUACCUCUCGCUGCGCACGUAUAGACACCCAGCGGGUAACUUCCAGUCCUCGGCUGAGAUCCAGAGUAUCUCGCCGAAUUACCAGUUCCUGUCUAUGCGCAUGUACGCGCGAACCCAAGGCUCGCCUGGUGCUGUGACGGCUAUGUUUACGUAUCGGGGCGGCAACACGGACGCCGAUGUGCAGGAAGCUGACCUGGAGAUCCUCACGAAAGAGGCGAAUAACCAGGUCCACUACACCAACCAACCGUCCACAGUCGGCGGUGUCUCGCGGCCGAACGCCACGGAGCAAAUCACGAUCCCCGGUACUUGGUCGGCGUGGCGCACGCACCGAUACGACUGGACCCCCGGUUCUAGCGAUUGGUAUGUUGAUGGUGCCCAUGUUGGAUCGAUUCAAUACCAGACACCCCGUGACCCGGCUACCGUACUAUUCAACACUUGGUCCGAUGGUGGGAGCUGGAGCGGUGUGAUGAAGAGCGGACAGAGCGCAGUCAUGCAAAUCCAAUGGAUCGAACUCAUCUACAACAACACUGCCGAGCCCACGGCCUUUGCCCACUGCGCCAAUGUGUGCAGUUUCGACCGCGGCUCCCAGCCCGGUGUGCCCGUUCUGAUUAGCUCUGGCCCCUGAGUAGAUGGAUCUAAACGUCUUUUUCAUCUCUAGACUCGAUUGGUUCUAGAUUCUAGUACAUAUUUUUGGUGUAUUAUUGC